AUGGACAUAUUUCGCGGACCCGACGUGAACGGCAGCAGCAGCUGCAACUCGACCGGCAGCGUGCACGUCACGCCCUCCAAGAGCCAGAAAGACCUGGGCGUGCAACUUGUUUUGUCGCUCGCGCUUGGUGCUACGGCACUCAUCACCUUCUGUUUCCUGAAUUUCUUCAAGAUGGCCAUUCGUCUGUUCUGCGUCAUGGGGUUCUUUGCCCUGGUCGUUCUUCUACCUAUUAACAACCAAUUUCGGCAUUUCCGACCGACUUUUGGUGACAACAAAACUGAAGACGGAAACGACUUAUCCCAGCUGGGCUUGUCGCCUACGCUCUUACCACUUGAAGACGACGACGACAGCAGUUUCGGCAUGUACAAGGGCGGGCACCACAAAGACCUCAGCUCCAAGCGAACGUAUCUAUGGGCCUAUGUUUUCUUCACGUACCUGUUUGUUGCGAUGACAAUGUAUACCAUAAAUUGGGAGACAAACCGCAUCAUCAAAUUCAGACAGGACUACCUAGGCUCUCAGUCGACUGUCACCGAUCGAACCUUCCGUCUGACUGGUGUUCCCGAGGACUUCCGAUCGGAAGGUCGUGUCAAGCACUUGAUCGAAAAGCUCGAAAUUGGGAGCGUCGAAUGUGUAACCAUGUGCCGGAAUUGGAAAGAGGUUGAUCAUUUGAUGGAGGAUCGAGACAAGCUUUUGCGGAAGCUUGAAACAGCAUGGGCCAGAUAUCUCAAAUCGCAAAAUCCAGACAAGCAAACACAACGGCCAGGCCAGGUUGCUGCACCUGCAAAUGGGAACUCAACACCGCACAUUGACGAAGAGGCCGGCGAAAACCAGCGCGUCCUCGAGGACAACACGGACAACCCCCACAUGCUGGAGGGCGAGCGACCCCAAACGAAAGUUCGGUAUGGGCCAUUUCUUCUGCGUUCUCGCAAAGUGGAUGCCAUCGACUAUUACGAGGAGAAGCUGCGUCGGAUCGAUUCGAAGAUUGUUGCUGCAAGGAGAAAGGAUUACAAGCCAACCGACAUGGCCCUGGUCACAAUGGACUCUGUCGCGUCCUGCCAGAUGGUCAUCCAAGCACGGAUCGAUCCUCGCCCUGGCAAUCUCCUGACCAAAGCCACACCUGCGCCCUCGGAUCUGGUGUGGAAGAACACGUACGCCAUGCGUGGCAUCCGUCGCCUCAAAUCAUGGUCCAUCACAACCUUUAUUUGCAUCCUGACUAUCCUUUGGAUAUUCCCAACCGUCUUCCUCGCCUCACUGCUCAGCUUCUGCACCGUGGAAAAAACUGCACCCGACUUUGCUGCCUGGCUGAAAGACCAUCCCAUCAUGUACUCCUUGUUACAAAAUGGUGUACCGACGCUAGUGGUGUCCUUACUUAACGUGGCAGUCCCUUACCUAUAUGAUUGGCUGUCCAACUACCAGGGCAUGAUCUCGCACGGCGAUGUCGAGCUCUCGGUCAUUUCCAAAAACUUCUUCUUCACAUUCUUCAACACGUUUUUCGUCUUUGCUAUUUCACUCACUGGUCUCGACUUUCUGAGCAAGCUCCAAGAAUUCCUCAAAGACACUAGCCAGAUUCCCCGCGCCAUAUCGGAAGAUGUCGAGUGGCUGUCUGUCUUUUACAUCUCCUUCAUCAUGCUCCAGGGCAUCGGCCUCAUGCCUUUCCGCAUGCUCGAAUUCGGCAGCGUUGUGCUGUAUCCCAUCUACCGGGCGAUGUCGUCCACGCCGCGGGACUAUGCCGAGUUGGAGAAGCCGCCAGUGUUUCAGUAUGGCUUCUACCUGCCGACGGCAUUGCUCAUCUUCAAUUUGUGUCUGAUAUACAGCGUGCUUCGUUGGGGCUUUGCCAUUUUGAUUUUCGGCAUCAUCUAUUUCGUUCUGGGGUAUUUCACCUUCAAGUACAUGGUCAUGUACGCCAUGGACCAACCCCAGCAUGCUACCGGGGGUGCUUGGCGCAUCAUAUGCUACCGCAUCAUUGUCGGUCUGAUCAUAUUCGAGAUUGUCAUGGUGGGACAAAUUGCGACCGAAUCUGCGUUUGUGCAAUCUAUUUUCAUCCUGCCGCUGAUUCCAUUCACGAUAUGGUACAGUUAUUAUUUCAAGAAGCGCUACGAACCCUUGACCAAGUACAUUGCGCUUCGGGCAAUUCGGUCAACGGAAGAUCACGAGGAUGCCGUUUUGAUGGAUGAGCAAUUUGCUGAUGAGGAAGAGUCGCGGCCAUCACAGGCUCUCUUCCGAAGAAGUAGCACGCUCGAUGAGUUCCGUGAGAAAGGCGUGACCUUUGUCAACCCCAGCCUUGUGGUUCCUUUGAAACAACCCUGGGUAUAUCGAGAUCCGCCGGCGCUUCCCACAGAGGAGGAGACCAACACAUCGACAGAAGAGCUGCCCUCGCUGGUAAUGCCUAACACCGUUUCUGGCCUGGGCAUUGGUGAUGCCAACGUCUGGCGUGAUAGCGGUGCUGAUGCGGCGUGA